AUGGAGAAGGAUAAAUUGGUCAAGUUGUGGUUAGCUCAGGGUUUCAUCAAGCCCGAUGGAAAAAGAGAGAAGGAAGCAAUUGGCAGAGAGUACUUUGAUGAUCUACUGGCGCGGUCUUUGUUUCAAGAUGCGGUGUAUAAAGGAUUUACAAUGCAUGAUCUCCUUCAUGAUCUCGCUCAAUUCAUUACAAAGAAUGAAUAUUGCAUCUUUGAGAAUGGAAAGUCAGACUCCAGCUUUGUUACGGCCCGUCAUUUAUCUUUUAUUGUCAACUGGGAAACUCCGGAAAUUCCAGCCGCUCUAUGUGAUGCUAAAAAAUUGCGAACAUUGCUCCAAAUCGGACGUUCAUUAUUCGGACGUUCAUCAAUUAGUACCAUCCCUGAUAAUUUAUUCCAAUGCACUAGGUCCCUUAGGGCAUUGGAUUUCGGUGGUACUGGCAACGGCAUGUCCUAUUUUCUGAGCAUGAGCAUUAAAGAAUUGCCAAGCUCAAUUGUGUUGCUGAAGCAUUUACGAUAUCUUGACUUGUCUUAUUCGAAGAUAGUUGAGUUGCCGGAAUCAGUGACUCUUCUCCGCAAUUUGCAGACCUUGAAUUUGAAUCAAUGUUGGGAGCUCGCUAGAUUACCAAGAGGGAUGGGCAAACUGGUUAGCUUGAGACAUCUGGAAAUUGAAGGCACAACAAAACUAAAGUACUUACCGGAAGGGUUGGGGAGAAUAAGUUCCUUUCGAACAUUGAGUAGGUUUAUCGUGGGAGGCGAUGGAGGAUGUAAGAUUGGAGAGCUGAAGCGACUUGACUCUCUCCAAGGAAAGCUACGAAUAGAACACUUGGAGAGAGUGGCGAGUGUGAAUGAGGCUAAGGAAGCACAGCUGGAGAACAAGUUACAACUUCGCGUAUUGUCUCUAUAUAUGUCACCAGAUGAUGCUCUUGAAAUGUCCGGAAAUGGUGAGGUGGAAAGGAUGGAAAAUGUAGUUGAAGCCCUCCGGCCGCCACUUGCUAACCUAGAAGAGCUGGAAAUUUGCAGGUACAUUGGUUACAAGUUCCCAACCUGGAUAGGAGAUUAUUCAUCUUUCUCAAAUUUAGUCAAGUUGAAAUUAAAAGGUUGCAAUAACUAUACACAGUUGCCUGGGCUAGGGAGUCUACCUUCGCUCGAAUACCUUGAAAUAACGACAGGUCUUGUAAAACGGGUGGGAAGUGAGUUUUACGGGAAUAGCAGUGGUGGGGGCAUAAACGGGGUGGCAUUCCCGAAGUUGGAAAGUCUCCGGUUCAUUGACAUGUAUGAAUUGUUGGAGUGGGAGUUGAGCUUAGAAGAUGGAGAUAUAAUGCCGUCUCUACACUCAUUAACAAUUGACAAAUGCCCAAAAUUGAAGGCACUGCCGACACACCUCCCGAAAAGUCUAACGUCCCUCUACAUCUGGAGAUGUUAUGAAAUUAUUUUGUGGCCAUUACCGAACCUCCCAAGCCUUAAGACGUUUUAUAUGUCUCAUUUAGAAAACAUGAUGUGUCUCCCCUACGGAUGGAAACAAUUAGAGUCACUGGGAAGCCUUACUAUCAGCUAUUGCUCUAAAUUGAGGUCUCUUCCUGAUGAUUUGGGACAACUCAAGUUGCUUAGGACUCUCCAGAUUGAGGAGUGCCCCGAGUUGCAGUCAUUGCCUCAAGGGUUGAGGGGCCUUACCUAUCUCGAAAUCAUCGACAGUCCAAUACUGGCGGAGAGAUGCAGAGGGGAGGAUCGGAGCAACAUAUCACACAUCCCAAGCAUCGAGAUUGAUUACGAAAGAAUCAAAUGA